AUGCAACGUUUUAUCAUUCUGGCGACUCUGAUCGCCAUUGCUAGCGCUCAGCUAUGCAAAGGCCCCGGAGAGCUGGUGCCGAACCCGAUCAACUGCCAGGAGUUCUUUAUGUGCCGCACGGGCCGUGUGAUCCUGUUCUCCUGCCCGGCGAACACCCUCUUCAACCCGCGCACCCUGGCCUGCGAUUCCACCAACAAGGUCCGCUGCGAGUUCGGCUCCCUGCCCAACAACGUCCUGACGUCCGCUCUCAAGGCGGCGCCGGCCCAGAUCGAGCACACCGUCACGGCGUGCAUCAACCGCCCGAUCUCCACGCUCCUCCCCAACCCGACCGACUGCUCCCGCUUCUACCAGUGCUCGGUCACGGGCUCCAUCGGCUUCGAGUGUCCGCUCGGAACGCUGUUCGAUACUCAGCAGAAGCUCUGCGUCGAACGUAACGAUGCCAUAUGCGGAACGGUGGCUCAGCCGAACCCCCCAACCAUUCCCAUACAGCCACCGUCCCUCCCAAUCGUGCCACCGACCCUCCCAAUCGUGCCCCCGGCCCUCCCGAUCGUGCCCCCGGUCGCACCCAUCCCGCCCAACUCCGACCUGAACAGUCUGCAGAUGCUCUGCCGUGGAAAGCCGGUCGGCACGAAGGUCCGCAAUCCGACCAACUGCCGUGAGUUCGUCAACUGCAUCGGCUCCAACACACUCCGCUACACCACCUGCCCGUCCGGAACCGCAUUCGACGAUGUUCGCAAGACUUGCGAUUGGGUUCAGAACGUCAAGUGCUAA